UGGCCGCGCCUGCCCGUCUUUCGGGCGGCCCCGCCUCUCCCUCUGUCAGCGCGUGGCUUCCGCUUCCGGCCGGGCAGCUGCGCGGGGGCCGAGCGGUGGCGGCGGCGCCUGAGGCAACUUUCGCUCGCUGCUCCCUGCCUCGGCUGCACCUGCCGGCCGCGGCCCGCCAUGGCGCGGAGCUCACUCUCCUCGCGCUUCCGCCGCCUCGACAUCGACCAGUUCGACGAGAACCGCUUCGUGGAGGAGCCCGACGGCGCCGCCGGAGCCCCCAACGCCGCCGCCGGAGCGGAGGAGGAGGAGGACGACGAGGAGGGGCAGCCGGGCGCCGGAGGGAGGCCCGAGGUGGAGGCGGCGCUGCGGCAAGGCGACAUGCUGAGGGCGUUCCAUGUGGCGCUGCAGAAUUCUCCAGGGAACACGAAAAACCCAGCAGCAAAGGAGCGGGCCCAGGAAGUGGUGAUGAAGGUCCUCACCGCUUUCAAAGGCAGCGAGAUCGAGCAGGCGGUGAACUCCUUAGACAGAAACGGUAUUGACUUGUUAAUGAAGUACAUUUAUAAAGGAUUUGAAAAGCCAACAGACAAUAGCAGUGCAAUACUACUCCAGUGGCACGAAAAGGCAUUAGCAGUAGGGGGACUAGGCUCCAUAGUACGAGUUCUCACUGCACGAAAAACUGUUUAAAAAAGACUGCGUUCACUUGACUCGAACACCAAGAACUCUCCCAGAGCCAGGAGGAGGAGGAAGAACUGGCUCCGCCGACACCUUGGUCCACCCUUCUAGGAACCACAAUCUACUGAACUGCUCCGGGACGCCUCCUUCCUCUCUUGGAGCAAGUAAUUUAGCCAUAGAGGUGGGGGGGGGGAAGCCCAUCUCGUAAUGUUGUCUGACUAUCAGAGGGAGGAGCCAGGAGGGGGAUGCCCUGGCCCCUUGUGCUGCUGCAGCUGAGAGCAGGGCUGGGCUGCAGUGGGGCGGGGGGGGGGGGUGUCUGCGUGUCUGUCUCCAAGACGGCUCUGGCCAUGUGUGUGGGGGUGAGUGAGACUUAAUUUAAAUUAACAAACGUGUGUGGUGGGAGGGAGCUGUGGGGGCAGAAGCAAAACAAGAUCCGGGUUUGGGGGCUGGAGAAGGGGGUGGGGGCGGUUUCUUAUGCAAGAGGGCUUUUUGUACAUACAGUCUAAAAUUGCUGGGCUCAGUUGAGUUGGUUUCAUGUAAAGUGCCUGCUACUCUAUCGAAUAAAGUUCUUGGAUGGUUA